AUCCUCUAAUAUUCAUCUUUAAUUUUGUCAACUUCUUUCCGAUAAUAUAUAUCCAUUAUUGCAAUUACUAUGGAGGCCGAGAAUCAUAUUGGCGAUACCAAAUAUGAAGAGGAAUACGUAGAAAAUUCGCGAGGGUUGAAACUUUUCACGUGCAGAUGGUCUCCUGCGAAAACUGAGCCAAAAGCUUUGAUCUUCUUGUGCCAUGGAUAUGGCAUGGAGUGUAGCAUCACAAUGAAAGGUUGUGCUUCUCGAUUGGUAAUUAGGGCAGGAUACGAGGUUCAUGGAAUCGACUGCGAAGGCCAUGGAAAGUCCUCUGGUCUGCAUGGAUUAAUUCCAAACUUUGAUCAUCUUGUUGACGAUUUAUCCCAACACUUCACAAGUAUUUCUGAAAGGAAUGAGAAUAGGAAAAAGAUGCGAAUAAUAAUGGGAGAAUCAAUGGGAGGGGCCAUGGCUCUACUUCUGCACAGGAAGAAACCAGAUUACUGGGACGCCGCUGUACUAAUUGCUCCCAUGUGUAAGAUUGCUGAUGAGAUGAAACCAAACCCAUUGGUUAUAAGAGCUUUGACUAGUUCUCUGGCACGCAUCAUUCCCACGUGGAAAAUUACUCCAACUCCUGACAUAGUUGACCUUGCCUUCAGGGACCCCUCUGUAAGAAACCAGGUGAGAUCCAAUCCAUACACAUACAAAGGCCGACCGCGCCUGCAAACUAGCUACCAAUUGUAUGCAGCCAGCAUGGAUUUAGAGAAAAGGCUCCAAGAGGUUUUUCUGCCGUUCAUAGUUCUGCACGGAGAAGAUGAUAAGGUGACGGAUCCAACGGUGAGCGAAACAUUGUACAACUCAGCAAGCGCGGUGGACAAGACAUUGAAGCUGUACCCACAAAUGUGGCACUCUUUGUCGUACGGCGAGCUGCCGGAAAAUCUAGAAACAGUGUUUUCCGACAUACUCAACUGGUUGGAAGAUAGAGUUUUAGCCGCCCGAAGUGCAAAGUCUGAAGAGCAGCUAAAAGCUUCCUAAUCAUCACUCUUCAUUCUCCAAUUAACAAAUUAUAGAAUAUUGAAAUGAAUUUUCCCUUUUUUUUUUAUAUUAUUUUGAAAUGCAAAUUAAAAUGAGAAAA